AUGGGAUGGUAUAAUAUUAUUAUCUAUAUUGUUUGUUCACGAUUCAUAUAUUAUUAUUACUAUUAUUAUUAUAUUUUUUUAAAUGAUUUUAAGCAACUAAAAUAUGCCAACACUCAAAGUAGUGGUUUUACUUGUUUACUUUUGAACCUCCAAAAGUCUGCCCCUGUUGCUUUCGAUAUAGCUAGCUCCGCCCCCUCGAAAAGUGUCACAUUUGAAAGUCUAAGCUCUACCGGUUCAAAUUUCAACAACAAUUUUAAACCCCAAGAUCUAAUUUUCCCUCAGUUCAAGAAACAUAAGAUUCAAUAUAAUUCAAAUUUCAUUUCAAAGCAUGGCUAUUCUUUUGGAAAACUAUAA